UGAUGCUGCGGUCCCUGGGUCCGUUCGUGUGCAUUGGAGCCAUCCCCCUUGGGCUUCAAGAUUGUCGCAUCUCUCGUACACCCGGCAUGGGUACGUACAUAUUCCUACAUCAAGGCGUACACCUGGUCUGCUUACUGCAGUGUCCUCCUCGCCAUUAUCUCGUAACUGCCCGGGACGGGUGUGUUAGACAGUGGGUGGUGGCGAAUAUCCAUUCCGAUAGCCAGUACGAUGCGUCCUCAACUCGUCCCCAUUCUCGCCCCGGGCUGGGCUGGUCUUUGAUAGUCCAGCGUCAGUUUUCGUUAGUCCUGCUGGCAGAAAACUACGAUGAUGCCAUCACAAAACUCUCCGCCGAUCUCGGAGGCUUUGAGCGCAGCUCCGGCCACUUUUUCCUCUUCAUUGUCUCCAUCUCGCGGGACGCAGACAGCUCAUGGACGAGAUUGCAGCAGCAGUAG